AUUGAACGCGGCCGCGUCCGUCGUACCAUCAGAAAAUAAAAACUCAAAUAAGAAGACCAUCCACCAUCUACUGUCGUCCAUCGUCGACUGAAGAUGCCGAACGCCAGCGCUCGCCUCUGCUCCCGAUCGUAUGUGUGUGCCUUGCCUUGUUUGCGCCACCGGCACCGACGUCCCAGCCCAGCGUCUAUCUAUCACAAUCACAAAUAUCAUCUCUCUCUCUCUCGAUCCCUCGUUCUUUGUUCCUGAGGAGACGGGCGAUGACGUUGCCGAGGACGAUGGUGGUGGUGGCUGGUAAUUGUCUUAAUGUCUUAAUGACAAAAUUAAUAUGCCCGACGACGAUCUUCACUCAACCUACCUACCUCCGUCUGGUCUGCUUAUUUUUUAUUUUUAUUAAUUAAUUUCGGCAUUGCCUCGAGGGAGAGAGAACCCCGAGAAGGCUUUGGUGGGUCUUGAGCGUACGUGAAUCUGAAUCUAGCUAUGUAUCUCUCUUUCUGUGUUGUAUGGUGUUCUUUUUUUCAUUUCGAAGGUUGAUAAACUACAGUAUACCUCUAGAUCUGUUUUUCAGUUUUCAGUUUUCAUUUUGUGUUUCGUGUUUCGUGAGAGGUCUUCGGGUGGGGUUUGAGUGUACGUGAAUCUAUUUAUGUAUCUCUGUGUCUCUGUGUCUCUGUGUUCUCGACAACGUUCUUUUUCAUUUCGUCGGUCAAUAGCCUUGUUUUCGUGUUUCGUUUUAAUUUCCGGGGGAGAUCUGGAGACUCUCUCUCUGGUGGGGGUUGAGCGUAUGUGAAUCUAGC